AUGGACGUAGAGAGAGAACGGCGGUCUCACGCAAAGGAGUCUUCGAUUGAUCCUCUUCUUGCUGUGCCAAGGGAGGAGACCCACGAUUGUUGCUAGUGCUGUCACCACUAGAAGGGGGGGAAGGGACAAGUUGGCCCGCCUAUGGUGUGCUGCAGGUGGCACUAAGGAAGAGAGGAGGAGCAGACUGUUCCCACGAUAGGAGAGGGACGCACCAAGGUAGGAAGGGGAGAGAGAGAGCUGAUCAUGAAUGA